AUGAAUAUCAGUAUGCGCUCCAGCCAGUCCUCCUACGGGGACCCGCGAUAUCUCUCAACCAUGACCGCCUCCGAUGCUCCAGCUCCGGUGCCGCCGCACGGAAAGACACUCGUGGACGGGUAUCGGGAUGCCCUGGACCCCCAACAUGAGGAGCGGUCGCGAUACAACCCACUCAACACGACUCACCCGCGAAGCUCAGCUCUCCUGAAUGCCAACGACCCCGUGGCCAUGUACCUGUUGACCGAGACCGCCAUAGGGGAUAGCACGAACUAUGAAGUCUUAUCCUUUGAGGAGGUGGAAGAACUCAAGAAGGAAGUUACAUUACUGUCCACUCGCAUUCAAGGCACGAAGCGGAAACUGGCACUCGAAACGAAACUACGUGACGCGGCGCAGUCCCUCGGUAGACUCUACAGCCCGCCCAGCCCGCGGAGCAGCGGCGAAUACGGUGCCAAUGGCGGAUCAGCCUCGAACCGGAUGAGCCGGGGUAUAUUUGGUCGCAGUGGGGCUUCUGAGGCCCUCGAUAAGAGUGACUCUGAACUUGCAGUCAGCCAGCGGCGAUGUGAGGAGUUGGCGCAGGAACUCUGGAAACUCGAGAAGAGGUCCCAGAAGAUCACCCAGCGCUUGCUGGAGCACACUGCGGGUGUUUUGCAGAUGACACACAAGGGUCUGAAGAAGGGUCCUAAGAACCCUACCACUUCGGAUAGCACAUAUGAUGAUCAGAAAUUCGACGACCGCAGUCUGUACCGGACAACUGAGCAUUUGGAUAACUUUGGCGUGAAUGGGAAGAUCGAGAACAAUGCGGCUGCCGCAAUGAAUACCGAGGCUAUGCAGGCUACCGAACGACGAUUGGAGGAACUGAGCGAACGCAUGCAUGAUAUGAUGAUACAGUCCAACCCCGGUGAAUUCAUCGAUCCUCCCCCGCAGCUGUCAGGGGGUGGAGGGCCCGUCAAUCCCAUGUCAACGGUCGACGCUCAUUUGGCCUAUAUCGAGAGUAGUAUGAAUAAUAUCGUCUUGCAUACGGGACAAGUUCCUGCUCCCACGGCUGCUCGCAGUAUUGCACCUGAAGCCGAGGACGCAUGGAAGCACCAACUCACCGAAAUCAACAACCAGGUGCAAACCAUCGUUGAUCGGUUUGGUUUGACCCGUUCACCGACCUUGCCCCCGCCCCCUGAUGCGUCUCACGGCGAUGGGCUAGAAGAACAACUCUCAUACCUUCAGACUGGUGUAGAUGGCCUGGAGAGCCGAGUGGAUGGAGUGCUUGAGCAAAAGAGUAUUCUCACCACCCAAAUCCAGCAGCAGCGCGAGCUCAACUCCAAGUCGGAUGCCGAACGCGAUGCCCAUAUCGGCGACCUGACGGAGCAGUUGACUCAGGUUCGCAAAGACCUUGAGGUAUCCGAGCGUGACGGAAAUGCCAAUCGCGAGGAGCUGGCUCUUGUCAUGGGACAGCUCAACGCAAUGCGCCAAAAUGGCACUUCCCAGGAAGAAGCCAAGGCGACUCUGGUUCAGGCCGAAGGCGAAGUCGCGCGUCUGCAAAGCGUUGUUACCUCGUUGCACAGCGAAGCUGAUGUCAGAGCCCACGAAGUCAGCGAAGCCCGGGAUGCCCAGGAUCAAGCAGAGGCCGAGGUUAAACGCCUGCAACAAUACAUCGACGAUCUGCAGAGAGACAACGAUGCCAAAGCUGAGGAAGUCAGUGAUGCCCGUGACCGCGCAGAAGGUGAGGUCAAGCGCUUAGAGGUUCUCGUAACAUCAUUGCAAAAUGACACCGACGCUAAGAGCGAAGAGGCCAGAGAGGCCCGCGAGCAUGCGGAAGAUGAAGUGAAGCGUCUCCAGGUGGUCAUUACAUCUUUGCAGGACGAUAACGACGCUAAGAGUGAAGAGCUUAGAGAAGCCAGAGAGACACACGGCCAUGCGGAAGAAGAGGUCAAGCGCCUAGGGGUCGUCAUCGCAUCAUUGCACAAUGACCACGACGCCAAGAGUGAAGAGGUCAGAGAGGCCCGCGACCAUGCGGAAGAUGAAGUGAAGCGUCUACAGGCCAUCAUUACAUCGUUGCAGAACGAUAACGACGCCAAGAGCGAAGAGGUCAGAGAGGCCAUAGAGGCCCGCGGCCGCGCGGAAGACGAAGUCAAGCGUCUCCAAUCCGUUAUUGAGACUUUGCAAACCGACGCCGAUGCUAAGAGUGAAGAGCUUAGAGAGGCCAGAGAGGCCCACGAGCAUGCGGAAGACGAAGUGAAGCGUCUCCAGGUGGUCAUAACCUCGCUGCAGAAUGAUACAGACGCUAAGAGCGAAGAGGCCAGGGAGGCUCGCGAUCAUGCGGAAGACGAAGUGAGGCGCCUAGGGGUCGUCAUUGCGUCAAUGCAAACUGAUACCAACGCCAAGAGCGAAGAGGCCAGAGAGGCCAUAGAGGCCCGCGGCCGUGCGGAAGACGAAGUCAAGCGUCUUCAAUCCGUUAUUGAGACUUUGCAAAACGAUGCCGAUGCUAGAGGCGAGGACGUCAAGGAAGCCCGGGACCGCGCGGAGAAUGAAGUCCAACGCCUGCAGAGCGUCGUUGAAACGCUGCAGAACGAUAGCGAUUCCAGGUCCGAGGAAGUUAGGGGUGCUCGUGACCGCGCAGAGCAAGAGGUGGCUCAACUCGAAGCCGCUAUCCAACAAAUCCGGAUUCAAUCCGAUGCCCGGAUCAAGGAAGCGGAUGAUCAGCGCGCGCAGUCGGACCACAAUGUCACUCGCCUGCAAAAUGAGUUGACUGAACUUGAAGGCGAGAUUGUGCGGGUCACAACUGAACUGACAAUGGCCAAGGCAGAGCUGGAUGGUGCCUAUGGUACCCGAGCCGAACGCGCGGCAGAGGUGGCUUCCAACCCUAGCGUCCAAAGGGAGAACGAUGCUCUGGUUACUCGAAACAUCGAGCUCACUGAAGAACUGGCCGCUCUGAAGAGCCAGCGAGGAGGUGGUGACCUUCAGCAGCGGGCGGAUACUCUUGAGAGAGAACUUCGUGAGACAAUCGAUGACUACGAAGCCAUGACGAAGGCCAGCAUCGAGUUUGAGAAGGAACGCGAGCGCUUCGAAAUUUUCAUUGACAGUCUUCGGGAUCGUUGUGAGCAACUCGAGACACAACUAGCGGAAGAACGUAUCAGCUGGAUGAACUUGAGUAGUCCCACAUCUGUUGGCCGCGAUGGCACUUCUGAGACGACAUCUACUAUGGUGCUCAAGAAUGAGUUCAAGAAGAUGAUGCGUGACACGCGCAACGAGAACAUGAAGAUACUGAGGGCCGAACAAGAAGAGCGUCGCAGAAUUGAAGGAUUGCUGCGAGCCCUAAGAAAGGAGCACGCCCAGGUGACUGGCAAGCCAAUGCCCAGCCCAGGUGGCACUCCAUUAUGAUCAUGACAUUCAACGUUUUCGGGUUUAGAGCGCAUAUUCAUUCAAUGGUGUACAUAUAGACUGUUUUGUAUAAUAUUUCUUUUUGGCUUGAUCUCGGCAGGCACGAUGAGGGUUGAGG